CGAGAGAGAGAGAGCGAGAGAGAGAGAAACCGUAGUGAUGAUCGACGCCAGGCUGCCACCACUCUGUAGCAGUGAGUGGCUGCAACAAAAAAAGCACAGAAUAACAUCCCCGACUCCCUGCUCUGCUUUUUUUCUCUCUCCCUGCGUCUCAGCUAGCAGACGAGGGCUCCGCUCACAGCUCUGCAGAGGCUAUGCCGAGACUGAGCCGGCACAGGGAGCAGGAUCUCUGGCUGCCAUCAACAAGUUAGGGUCGGGAGAGCGCUGCCAUGAGAAGGGGAACGCUUGAUCGUCAAUUAAGCAUCUGAGCUGACAUCAUUGCGGUGGAAGGGAAACAAAAGGGUAAAAAAAAGAAAAAGAAAAAAAGGAGAGGAGGAAGGAGGGGGGGGUUAUGUUCAUCGGAGUCGCUCUGGACGCAACUGAUCAACUUGAAAAAAAAAGAAUUAUUAAGAUAUUUAUUCAAGGUUCCCGAGGAUGAAGGAAAAGAUUCAACCCUUUCUCUGAGCUUGGAUUUUAAGAAAGGACUCGCCGGAAUAAUAUCUCGGGACAUGGAAUUUCAUAUUUUGUUUCAAUUGGGUGGGCUCAGAAUUGCUUUUCUCCCAAAGAGGCUGAUUCCUUUUGUGCUUACUCAAAAGGAUUUUUUUCCUUUGGAUUUUUCUUCCCUCUGGUUGCUCCAAGAGUCUGCGGAAAAGGACAGUUGAAUGCAGCCUCCGAUGUGCACAAAAGAAUGGGUUUCCAUUCAAGGUGGCCAUUGGUGGGACCUGCACCAGCGGCUCUGUGUCUGAGUGUAAUCAGCAUGCUCCUAGUGUGCCUGCUGCCUCCUGCAUCGUGCACGACCUGCCCGCAAAAAUGCCGCUGUGAGGACCUGCAGUUCUACUGCGACACCCAGGGGCUUCAGGCGCCCCCGGAUGCUGUAGACAAGGGGGCCCUGGGGUUGUCACUACGUCACAACACCAUCACCGAGCUCAGCCCCGAUCAGUUCUAUGGCUUCAGCCAGCUCACCUGGCUCCAUCUAGACCACAACCAGAUCACAGCAGUGCAAGAGGACGCCUUUCAAGGGCUCUACAAGCUGAAGGACCUCAACCUGAGCUCCAAUCGUAUCACCAAGUUGCCCAACACAACCUUCAUCCACCUCAUCAACCUCCAGAUACUCGACCUGUCCUUCAAUCAGAUGACCGCAUUGGAACCAGAACUGUUUCACGGACUGCGAAAGCUCCAGAUACUCCAUCUCCGCUCCAAUUUGCUCCGCACCACACCUGUUCGCGCGUUCUGGGACUGCCGCAGCCUGGAGUAUUUGGGUCUGAGCAGCAACCGGCUGCGCAGCCUGGCCCGGAAUGGAUUUGCUGGGCUCAUUAAGCUUAAAGAGCUCCACUUGGAGCAUAAUCAGCUGACCAAGAUCAACUUGGCCCACUUCCCUCGCCUUGUUGCCCUCCAGUUUCUCUAUCUGCAGUGGAAUAAAAUCAGCAACUUGACAUGUGGCAUGGAGUGGACCUGGACCACUUUAGAGAAGCUGGACCUCACUGGGAAUGAAAUCCGGGUCUUGACAUCCGACGUGUUUCAAACGCUGCCAAAUUUAAAGAUUUUGCUGCUGGAUAACAACAAACUAAGCAGUUUGUACCCACAAGUCAUGGAUAUGUGGCAGUCACUGGGAACCAUCGGGCUGUCCAGCAACUAUUGGGAAUGUACCAAAAGGAUUUGCUCUCUGGCCACUUGGCUAAGCACCUUCAAGGGAAGGUGGGAACAUUCCAUUCUCUGCCACAGUCCAGAAUACGCCCAAGGGGAGGAGAUACUCGAUGCAGUGUACGGAUUCCAGCUUUGCCAGAAUUUUUCAGCGCCGGUUGUUCAGACCACUAGCACAACCCCAGACGCUACCAUCGCGGCAGAGACCACCAGCUCCUUGUUUGGAAUUAUGCAGCCGACCCCCACGGCGGACUAUGCAGAGGAUUUUGGGAGCUUUACCACAGUCACCACCACGACCACAACAACAACAACAACAACACGACGCACUGCUCAAGCAACCACCGCUACAUUGGAAGAGACGGCCGUGACAGAGGACUCCUCCGCAAUGGACAACACUGUAAUGACUCAGAGGGUCAUCAUAGGAACUAUGGCCCUUCUAUUUUCAUUCUUUUUCAUAAUUUUCGUUGUAUAUAUCUCACGGAAGUGCUGCCCUCCCACCCUGCGCCGGAUACGCCACUGUUCGGCUAUUCAGAACCGCCGACAGAUGAGGACCCAGCAGCGGCAGCCUAUGGCAGAUCUAGCUACGCAGGUACCCUAUAACGAGUACGAGCCCAGCCACGAGGAAGGGGCGCUCGUGAUCAUCAACGGCUACGGGCAGUGCAAGUGUCAGCAACUGCCUUACAAAGAGUGUGAAGUAUGAACUCUUAUUUAUUCCUAGAGCAUAUGGUUUGCCAUUUGACCAUUUCAGAUGAUACAGGGUUUGCUUUUUUUAAUUUUGUUUUUCCAGUUUAUGUAAAAAGCAUAAUUUGUACAAGUGAAAUUUGACAAAUGCGAACGAAUGCUACAAUGACAGAGGUCUGACCUGACAGUUUAGGGAGGUGGUAGAGGUCAAAUUUAUUUUUCUAUGAAUGCAAGGUUGUUCAUAUCAAGCAAUGGGCAAUCAUUUUAAAACAAGAAAAUUGAACUGUGAGAUUUGUCUCCACAUUUUAUCAUCUAUUAUUCUGCAGCACAGAAAAUACAAAAGUCCUUCUGCCAAUGGAAUACCUUAAGUGGAGGAAUGUGAUUUAUAGCUUAUUUCUUUUUAAAGUAUUUGAAAUCAUGUUUUUAACAGCACCACAGGCACUGUAAACCAUGUACUCGAUCACUGGGGCAAAUUAGACCAAUAAUUAGAAUGUCUUCAUUUUAAGUUUGCGAAAAGGAGAUCCCGAUAUUAUAUUUGGACUCUGCACAUUUACAAAUUCAGACACAAGUAAAAUUACGCAUGUCUAUGAUUUGCCACCAGAUUAAAGGGUUCUCAGGAUCUCUUGUUAAAAACAAUACGGCCCACACCCGCCAAAAACAACAGCCAAGAUUAUUUUUGGUUAAAUUUAGAUAUUUUCUAAAAUUCGUGUGUAAAUGCACCUACCAGAGUAUUGAUUGAAUAGAGUGCCAGAAUGCAGAAUUUAUAUUCAAUUAUAUUUAUUGGAAAAAUGACCCCUUUAAUCAGACGUUGGCUAGUAAACCGUGUUUUGCAGCUUGUUGGCACUCCUGCCCACAACCACUAAUACAUUCUCGAUCUAUGGGACACAAAACAUUUCUAUGGUUGAUAUCCAAUACACUUCGCAAAAUAUACCGAUGUCUUCCUCAUAAUGGACAUCCUCAUUUGACCUUUAAAUCUACGAUUUGUAGAUGAUUCCGUACUCAAACCCCCCCCCCCCCCACCCCCACCAACUGCCACAAACACUGUGACCAUAAUAUGAACAGCUUAACCUCGAAAGAACGUCUGCUGACUUGCUUUUAUACGAGGAUCAACAUACAGACGUGCUAGUGUGAGGCGUGAGGGUAGCAAGUUAAAGGGUAAUGACCGGCGCAAAUGCCAGAUAGGAGAGCAUUCAAUUUUGAAAAUAAAACCAUUCCCCAGUAGCCAAGGCUCUUUACUGCUUCCAUGCUAAUCAAGACUGACAGCUCAAGAUUGAACCAAUUAAGGCAAGGCAAAAAUAAUCUAAUAUUCUGUCCCCCACACCAGUGAUCCGGCAACAUUAAGCAUGUUCAGCCACUCAAAGACAGUCAUAGUGCAAUCAUCCAUUGCACUACAAAAAAACAUCAUUGAACCUUUUACUUUAAGACAUUCUUCUCGUUAUGCAUAGCAGGUUGUCAUUUACUCCAUUCAAAAUGGGAUUAUUUUGAAUAAUGCAUAAUGUAACAGUUGCUUGAUUCGCAGUCACAAGCGUCAAAUUAAAUUGCGGUCAAUAGCCUGAAAGCAAAUGGAGAUCCAGUGAUAAGCAAACAGCAAGCCAGGGUCAGUACACAUUGGUAUGCAAAGGAGAGGACGUGCAUUAGCAUCAGACCAAAGCUGCUGCCGCAGCUCCGCACAUCUCUGUGUUCAGUUUGGUGGUGGGGGGCAGGGUGAAAGGGAGGAAUUGAUGGAACGAUGGAGAGGGGCAACGUCUUGGAUUAUUAGCGAAGGUGGCUAAGAAUGAAACGACACAUAGUGACUGAAAGCACCAGGGGCACGAAAGGUAAACCGAUCACACAGCAACAGCUACUUCAACCACCAAAUGUUCCAGCAGGAGAACAAGAAUACAACCCACCAAGUUUCUAAAAUAAAAAAAAACUAAAAGAAAAUGGGGCCUUUCCUUGAUUGCUGUUCCCAGGAAAUUACAAUUUGUAUUUUUUUUAUGAACAUUUCAAAUCUUUGGAAGUGUUUGACCAAAUCAGUGCUUACGACAGCUAGAUUCUUCUGAUAGCAGAGCAGCAGGAAACGAGUCAUCCGGCUCGGAGCGGCGAGGCUCCGCUCGUAGGCGGCUGCUCCCGCGAGGUAGCAGCGAGGUGCCAUUUGUGGCUUUGUCUGUGAAAAUUUGGUUUCAACGUUCUAAAUGAAUGCUUGGGUCAAUGUCUUUGUGCACAGGAUCAUAAAGCACCUACAAACAAGAAAAAGUACUGGUGUAACCAAAAAAUGUUACACUCCACAUUUGAGUACAAUGGAAAACAUUGCAUACUCCGAUAGUAGUGAUUUCCAGUCACACUACUCCACUUUGUUUCCAGUUUUGUUUUCUUCCAGCUUAGCACUGCUUUUACUACUGCCUUUCUAAUCUGUCUUGCAUGUUCAGAAGUCAAUUGAGUUACAUAUUUAAUGUCAUUCAGCAAACGUCAUGAACGGACCUCUUUUGAUAACACCAAGAAUAGGGAUGUAUGUGGGAUUCCUCUAAAGUUCUGUAAAUCAGUACUAAGUUACUGAAAGUUCACAAGAUUUGUAGAAAUAUGCAUCCCUUUGCACUCUGGCUCUUUGUAAACUGUUUUUGUUUCCUCUUGUCACCCUCGAGCCCUGGUCCCUACCCUGCUUAAAAAAAAAAGAAAAAAAAAAAAAACACAAGUGAACCAAUUCCCUCUAUUACCCAACCUCUUUGUGCAAAA